AUGUCGGAAACCCCUCCUCGCUUCCUCAUCAUCGGUGCCGGCUCGCGAGGCCGCAACUACGCAGAGGCCAUUGACAGCGUCACCAAUGGUGUCGUCGUAGCCGUCGCAGAACCCCUCAAGUUCAAGCGAGAGACUCUGGGCCGCCGCCACAUCUGGGGUGACGGUGAACCUGGUGAGGGCCAGUCGUUCCUGGACUGGCGAGAAUUUCUCGAGUAUGAACAGGAUCGGCGGAGGAGAGCUGCUGCAGGCGAGGAGAACGUCCCUGAGGGUGUGGAUGGAGCCUUUGUGUGCGUCUUGGACGAGAUGCAUCGCGAAGUCGUCGUCGGCUUGGCACCCCUUGGGCUUCACAUCAUGUGCGAGAAGCCCCUCGCCUGUUCUCUCCAGGACUGCCUUGACAUGUACAAGGCUCUACGUCCCUCGCGGGCUUCCAAGGUCUUCUCUAUCGGUCACGUCCUGCGGUAUAGCCCUCACAACAUGAUGCUACGCAAACUGCUUCUCGAGGAGCACGUCAUUGGCGACAUCCUAAGCGUUGUCCACACCGAGCCCGUGGGCUGGUGGCACUUUACGCACUCAUAUGUCAGGGGCAACUGGCGCAGCGAGAAGACUACGGCGCCCUCGUUGCUAACCAAGAGUUGUCACGACAUUGACCUUCUACUAUGGCUGCUUUGCUCCCCUGAGAAGGCAGGGCAAGGAGAACCUCAUCUUCCUGAAACCGUCUCCUCAUCUGGCAGUCUCCAGUUCUUCAAGAAGAGCCGCAAGCCAAAGGCUGCGGGGGGUGCCACCAACUGCACAAAGUGCCCCUUGGGAGACGAAGGUUGCAAGUACUCAGCCAAGAACGUCUACCUCGGUCCCAAACUUCACGGCCUGGGGGCGGGCAACACGAGAUGGCCCAUCAACGUUGUCGUCCACGACAUCGAGGACUACCCCUCGCAGAUAGCCAAGGAGGAGGUCAUGACCCAAGCCCUCGAGGAAGACUACGAUGAGUCUACUCCCGAGUCCGAGGUCAAGUCCCGCAACUGGUUCGGUCGAUGCGUUUUUGAGUCUGACAACGACGUCUGCGACGAUCAGGUCGUCACCAUCACCUGGCCAGAGUCCAACAAGCCAGCCAAGAUGGCAACCUUCCACAUGGUCGCCCAGACCAAAAAGAUCUGCCAGCGCUACUCGAACAUCUACGGCGAGCAUGGUGAGAUCUACGCCGACUCGGCCAAGAUUGUCGUCGAGGACUUCAACACGGGCAAGACGCACACAUACCGACCAGGCAUCGAGGACCGCGGCCACGGCGGUGGUGACUUGGGCCUCACACGCCAAUUUGUCAUGGCAUGCGAUCGCGUAAAGAACCACGGUUGGGAGGCACCUCGGGCUCAAGACGAGUUUAUCGGCUGCACUCUCGACGAGGUCCUACGCAGCCAUGCUAUGGUGUUUGCCGCCGAGGAAGCGAGACUCGGCCGCAAGGUUCUCGACUGGGAGCAGUGGUGGAAAGAAGCUGUUGGUGAACAGUUGGAUCGUGGCGAAGCAUAG